AUGGCUCAUACACUUCAGGAGUUCUACGACGACCAAAUCGACGCCUGUCCCGCCGACGUACGCAUGCUGUGCGAGCGUCGCAACGCAGACUGUAGCCAAACCAGAAAGUUACCCCCGGAGGUAUUGAUCGAGAUAUUUGCAAUCCUAGGCUCCUUCAACUACGGGAGACAUUGUCUGUAUCCGCACCUAAAGUGGGUGUCUGUCACGCAGGUCUGUCGCACCUGGCGCAACAUCGCGUUGAACGAGCCUUUGCUGUGGACGGAUUUCGUCAACCGCGUGCACUCCAACUGGGCUCCUGAAAUCUUUGCAAGGUCCAAAGCAGCCCCACUGCGCGUGUGUCUUGGAGAAUUCAAUGGCACCCCCGACUUCAUCAUCGACGAACUGGUCAAGUCACCCGAGCGAAUCAAGGAGUUGGAGAUCGAUGCUUACGGAGGCGCGGCUCUUGUCCGCCGACUGGUCAAACCGGCUCCCAUCUUGGAAUCCCUUGUUAUCACGUCCGACACAGGCGUGGAAUUCCCUCCAAACUUCCUCGGAGGAGUGGCACCUCGAUUACGCUCCGUCAGGUGCUGGGUGCUCCCAGCAGAAGCGGACUGGCUAGCAAACUUAAGGUCCCUGAAUCACUCCGGGCUGUUGCCUACCCAUGCAAGUUGGUUAUCGAAACUAACGUCCCUGCAUCUUGGGCGAUAUGCAACCCAGCUCUCUAAGAGCGUCGACGGCAUGUUCUCAAUCUUGGAGAACGCACCGCUGUUGCACCAGCUGACCUUCACUACUUCUUCCCAUAUGGGUGACGCACCCCGCACCCGUUCAACACCGCUCCGCCUCCGCUACCUAUGCGACAUUACUGCCUACUUGGAGGCCAAACCGGGGAUGGCCAUAAUAUUCGAUCAACUCCAAGUGGAUAACAUAGAGCGACUCCGCACGUUCUGGCCCCGCCGAUUUGAAGACAGCACCAUGCUGGAGCAUGUGCGCAACUUCUUCGACAGGUGCUAUCACGGAGAUACCUUACAGUACUCUGCACAUGAACUGGAAAAACGUAGGUAUAUUUGUUGGACAGAACCGGGGCAAGAAUUCCAGGACAGAACUCGAAAGUCUUAUACUCGGUAUUAA